AUGAUCCGAACUUUAAAUAUGAUCGUUCUGUUGUCUUUUGUUAUCUUCACGAAUGACGACGACGACGACGACGACGACGACGACGACGUUGUUGAUGAUGAUGAUGAUGGGACGAUGAUGAAGACGACGAUUGUAGCACUUUCUCCUCGUGGAUUUCUUCUUCUCAAACGACACGUUCUUAGUCCCGAAGGUGACAGGCUGGUUGCUCAGGAGUUUCCGGAAGAUGCUCUCAAGGCAACUCUCAGCUCGUGUAUCACUCUUCCGAUAGACUUCAUCUCUCUCGACGACGACAUGUUCGAGCUGGGCUUGAGAGAUUGCUACUCUAACCUGCAUAUGUGUCAUAAGAAAGGCGAUUACCAUGACAUGGUAGAGCAAAUCUCUGAAGGACUUCUUAACGUUCUGAUCACUUGCAACCUGAAGCCAGUGAUCUUCGCGCAGAAGAGGGUCGCAGAGAGGUUGAGGGCGAAGAUCAAUGAGCAGCUCGGGAGGCAUAUCUACUCGUUCGAGCCCACAAAGGACGGGGAGAACCCUGAGAUAGAUGAGACCCCUCGUCCCAUCCUUGUGAUCGCAGACCGGAUUGUCGAUUUUCCGAUCAUGCUGCAUCAUCAUUGCGAAUACAGACCGCUGAUCCAUGACUGUCUUGGUAUACAUGUCAACACGGUUGCCAUCCCGACGAAACAAGGCAAGGAGGAUAAUUUCUGGUGUAAGAACCUCAACGAUACCAUCCCCAACGUGGACGAGGAGGUGGAUCCCGAGUCUCCUCUCAGAGCAGAAUUGAAACAAGCCUUUCGCGGUCGUAUUCUAGAUGCUCACAUGAAGAUAGUCACGAACCUUGCGGAGGAGAUUGAGAAGAGGGGGCUAGAUGACUUCUACGAAGUCGAAUCGAAAAUCCUGUCGAAACCUCACGCUCCCAACAUCGACGCCAUCGAAGAUCUCCUGUCCGGCUACAAGAUCCAGGUGCCGGAGGAGGAUCGCGUCAAAAUUUCCUGCACGGCCAACGACAGGAUGAGGCUCUUUCUCAUCCUCUACAUGUGCUGCUCCUUAGAGGACGAACUCCUCCAAGAGCUCUUCAAAUACGUCAGGGCGGGAGGGAGCGACACGAGUGUUUUCAGUCACCUCCUGCACCUCAAGAAAAUGGAUGCGAACCUUGACUUUGGCCGUCCCAAAGGCAUGGUAGCAGGGAUCUUGUCGGCAAGCACGGAAAGGUUGAGUCUGGCGGGGACAGCAAACGUGCAGAGCUCGCUGGCAAGGAUGGUACGGCAGCUCGUCAUCCAGCUUCAAGAUGCGCUGCAGGAGAGAAUGGAGAGAGGAGGCGCAAAGGGGAGAGGGGAUGAAAAACUUCCCUCCUCCGUAGAGGCAGAAAUCUCCCGAAAUUUCGUCUCCUUCGAUCCUUUCCAUGAGAUGAGGAUUUGUGAUGCCCUCGCGGAUGUCACGCAUGCCAUGGUCUUCGUCAACGGCGGUGGCAAUUUCGUUGAGAUGAUGGACAUACGGAAGGCGCUGGACCAGGUUGGAGUUUCCAGUUGCUAUGGAACGACGGACAUGAUUAGCCCCGAUCAGUUCCUCCAUCAGCUCGCGAUAUGCGGGAAGGCGGGAUGA